AUGUCGUCGCCGUCGCCCAUCCCGCCGCCCAACGACCGGCGCAGCUCGCGCGCCUCGACGCACGCGAGCCCGCCCAACGGACCCGACGCGCUGUCAGAGCCGUCGGAAUUGCGCGUGGUCGGUGGUCCUCCCAGCAGUCCCUCGCCUCUGGCGCUGCGCGCAUCCCACUCACCGUCGUCGAAGCCCCGCAAGACCAAGUGCCUCAAGGCGCCGCCCGACAUGGCCGCCCUCGAGUACACGGCCGCCCCCGACCCCAACCUCGUGUGCCUGAUCUGCCACGCCCCCUUCGACCGCCCCGUCCAGCUGCCCUGCGAGCACUACUUCUGCCGCGAGUGCCUCGAGCACGCCUGGGCCCCGCAGCCCGCCAGCCGCCGCUCGUGUCCCACCUGCCGCCGCCCGGCCGACGACGCCGACCUGCGCCCCGUCCCCAAGAUCGUCGAGACCAUGCUGGACGAGCUGGUCGUGCGCUGCCCCAACACCCGCACCGGCUGCGGCUGGGCCGAUCACCGCGCCAACGUGCACGACCACGUCAUGCUGUACUGCGAGCACACCCCCGUCGAGUGCCCGGCCGCCGACUGCCGCCUCUACACCACCCAGAAGGACUUCCACAAGGGCUGUCUGCACUACACCGUUGCCUGCGACGACUGCCACGUCUCGCUGAUGAAGAAAGACCUCGAGGAACACCAGCGAAAUUUGUGUCUCAACCGCACCACGUCGUGCGCCCUUUGUGAAGCCGUCCUGCUGCGUCUCGACCUCAAGACCCACAUCAACAACGUGUGUCCGAAACAUGUCAUUUCCUGCCAGGGUGCCAUCGUCGGUUGCAAGUUCCGGUCUGAGCGCGCCGACGUGAUACAGCAUGAGAUGGCAUGCGCUAUGGCAACAAUGGCGCCGCACUUCCGGGACCAGCAGGCCCGCCUUGAGCGCCACGAAGCGCGCAUGGAGCCGAUGGCCAGGAAGGUUGGCAUUUUGGAAGACGGCCUUGCCAACAUCACAAACAUGCUGUACCCGUCCAACGCCAACGAUGCAUCCUUCCCGGUCGCCGACCAUCUAGAUCCCAACGAUGGCACAGCCGACUUCCGCCUGCCACCAGCUUCGUUUGCACACGCCCAGGGCAACGACAACUCCAACGAGCCACCUUUUGAUUCACAGGUGCACCAUCUUCUCACGCUGCACGAGAACCUGCGCGACGAAGUGUCUCGCAUCUCUACUACGCUGACCGAAGUCGAAGGCCGCACCAACAUGAUGAUCAUCAAUGAAAGCCAACGCAACAAGGACGAGAUGCUGCACACAAACGCCGCCAUCAACAACAUGCGCAUGCAGCUGCACUGGCUGAUGAGCGCCACCAUACAACAGCGAACCACCUCUGCAUCGUCAUCGACAUCCAGACCUUCUGCAAGCACAAGCGUUGGUUCCACAACCCGCAGCGCGACGCAAGGGCCGAGCUCCCGGCCGGGCCCUAGUGGAACGUUACCCGCACCCUACCGGAGGUUGAGUGACUCCAACAGGCAGGACACCAAGCUGUGA